GUAGAAGAAGCGUGCUCCUUGCAAUCAGCAUUCUCAUUAAGUAUUCCUUCAAUCCUGCUUCUGGAAAUAGAUAGCGGUUGCUUCAAUAGAUGUCAGUUUCUGUCGAAGUUGUCAGCGACAUUUGAACCGUGACAUUCAGCUCAGGUCACUCAGUUGCAUUGAUCAUCAGGCUGCAACGUUCACAAUUCGGUGUGUGUAAAUUAUUUUGCACCGUACUUGCCACGAGUGAAGUUGUCGAUUUUUUGUUAUUGCUACUGCGGCGAAGUGUGGUUACACCGAGGGUGUAUCGGCAGAGACAAAUGGAAGUAUUGUUGGUUAGGGCAGCCGUACCAUUUCCCGGUCCCCGUAGGUCGCAGAAACCUGCUGAAGUAGGGGAGGCUCAGAAAGCCAGGGCGCCUUCUUCCUCCAAGUUCCUUUCUUCCGAUAGACCGACUGAGAGCACUGGGAAAUCUACCGUAGCAGGUUCGAGUAUUCUAUCUGUAGAUCCCCAGACCACACCAUUUGCUACACUUGGACCGCUUCCAGCGUUCCCUCUAAAAUUUCGCUGGUUCAAAGCGAGCAAAAAGGAUGAUGGUAGUGUUGAGGCAGACACAAUCGAUGCGGCUGUUCCCUGUGGAGACGUUGCGUCUUUAUCAUUAACAGCAGCACAUGAUGGCAUCACCUUUCCUUUAAGUGCCGAGGAGAAGCGUACCGUGCACAAGGUUUUGUCCACUUUGCAAUCUACUAACGGCGAGCUUACUCCUGUUGAGGUGACCAGCCUUCCAACCAUUAGCUCCGAUGAUGUCGUCUCGGAGGUCAAGCCAGUCGCAAUGGCCAGCGAGGACCUAGCCAAGGUGGAGGCCGAGAUUGCGAAGAGUUGGUUACACAACUUCAUGAAGAUUGGCUCAUUAUGGAACAUCAGACAAUUUAACAAAAGCGCAGUGAAAGCUCCGCGAAAGCAGAGUCUGAAUGGUGUUAAUCAAUCUGGUGCCGUCCUUACGGAUUCAGAGAUCUCCAAGUCAGCUGAAGAGGGCCUUCGCUCCUCUGAUUCAAUUUCAAGCGAGGUCGAGAAGGACUCAUCGAGCUGUGUGUGCGAGGAAUGUUGUGUUGACUCAGAGGAUGAGGAAACGGUCUCUGCUGCAGGCGGAGGAGAGGAGAUUACACACAUUAAAGUCGUGCAUAGCCGGGAGUCAUUUUCGAAAUUUCUUCAUGCUGUCCCGAUGGCUGAGCUUAAGACUGUCUCGCAUUUGUCCUUGCUUUCCAACUUAGCCUACGUCAUUCCAACUAUUAAGCCAGGAAAUUUAUUAAGGAACCACGGGUUACGGUUCAUCAACUCAUCGGUACACUUAAAAGCUGCAGAAGAGAAAGAGGCAAUGGAGAAAGCAGCUCAAGAUAAAGCAGCUGGCGAAGAAGCUGGAAGGCUGGAAAAACAGGAACACUCGUCAUCAAUUGCGGGAGUGAGUAUCGCUAAGGAAGUUAAUGUCGAAAGCCAAACUACAAGAUUACCAUUGUUAAAAAAUGUUACGAUUCCUUUGGAGCCGAUUCCUUGUCGGUCGGAGUCAUUGCCAAGCAGUGUGCCGCCGGAGGAUACCUGCGACGUGUCAAACAUGAAGAGCAGAUCCAUUUCUGUAGCGCUCGAUGCUACAGAAAUGAAACCAAUCACACAAGGAAGCACUAAGAAGGAGACGAAGAAAUCUACUUCAACAGAUGUACAUCCAAUUCACUGCCCGUGCGAGUGGUUCAUUUGUGACGACGAGUCUACCAGUACACGCAACUUCGCCAUCCAGGGAUCCGAUUCACUAGCAUCUUGGCAAGCUAAUCUCGCAUUUGAGCCUAUACGAUUCGAGGAUCCAAAGCUGGGAGUGAUGGUGCAUCGCGGCAUUUACGAGGCCGCAAAAAUAUUAUAUGACGAGGUGCUGCCUUAUGUACUUGAACACAUCCAGAAACAUGGUAGUGCCUCAAAAUUCCGCUUCACUGGCCAUUCAUUAGGGGGCAGUUUAGGAAUUCUACUCUCUGUUAUGCUGCGAACUCGCAACAUUGCACCAUUGAGUUCCUUGCUACCCGUGUACACAUUUGGUUCACCAUACGUGUUUUGUGGAGGUGACCACUUAUUACAGCAGUUAGGCUUCCCUCAAAGUCAUGUACAGAUGGUGGUAAUGCACAGAGACAUCGUCCCUCGCAGCUUCACCUGUGAUUACCCCGACCACGUCGCGGAGGUUCUGAGGCACGUGAACGGAACAUUCCGUGACUACGCCUGCCUGAAAAAACAGAAACUACUGUAUGCCCCCAUGGGUGUGAUGCGCGUGGUCCAGCCUCCGCCAACUCAAGCGCCUGGGCAUCCAUUUCUUCCUACAGGUAGUGGAAUGUACGACAUUUGCCACCCGAGCUCCAUAACCGACUCACAGCAUCUAGUAGAACUCCGGUCUGCGCAAAGGGCAUUUCUCAAUAACCCCCACCCUCUUGAUAUCCUCAGAGACCGCACCUCAUAUGGUCCCGCAGGCAGUAUCUCCCGCGACCACGACCCUCGCAGCUACGCCAAAGCAGUAAACUUCGUUCUGCGGCAAGAGCUCAGGAAAACUGAGAAGCGCACCCGCUCGUGGUUUAGGCUGGAAAUUAUCAAUGGUGUUGCCUCAAAGAAGAUGGCAGAUUCUUUACACAGUGCAAGUAGUGGUUCUAUUGGAGCAGCAAGCUCGGGGAUGGGCUCAAACCAGCGUAUACUGCGGAGAUCGGAAAGUUUGGUAACUGGGGUCCGGAGUGCGCGCUCUUCCAGAAACACCUUGGUAUCAGUUUCAACGAUAGACCGUUUGAGUAGGUAUAGCAGAUUGAUCGCUUCUAGGCAUGUUCACAUUGGCAUGCUACUGAUUGUUUCGGCUCGUGUUCUUGUAACCCAAGGCCUUGCCACAUUUGUCGGUUAAACCUCCGCGUACUUGGUUGAUUUGUGGGUUUCAUGCUAAUCUAUUGUAAAGGUCGUUGUCUAUGUGUUGCCCAUUUUGUCGCCGAAGGCGGUGGAGUUUGGAAGCUGGAGAGAAAUGGUCGUCUACGCUUCUACGACCUAUCGACCAGGCAUUCCUCUGAACAUACGAGUCUCUUGAAGCCUCUCAACUUUAGUAUUCUUUACUCUCUGAGUUAUUAAUUCUAGCCAUUCUAGAAUUCUAGCCAUGAGAGUUGCAAAUAGCUGGUAAACUGUAAAUAAUUUAUCCAUAUAAAGUGCUAAAAAAGUGUACAGUGAAUGUUCGAAUGUCA